AAGAAACAAGGUCAGGAUCCGGAAGAAGAAGCAUAUUUCUUUUUUAAACGGUCUCACGCUUAUCUCCCUCCUUCUUCUACUCACUCACAAACAUACUAACUUUCCCUUCACACCAAAAAAAAAAACUCCAAAUCUCCCCACUUUCUCUCUCUACACGCCAAGCAUUUUCCGGCGGCAAUGGCGGGUUACAGGGCGGACGACGACUACGACUACCUCUUCAAGGUGGUUCUGAUCGGCGACUCCGGCGUCGGGAAGUCCAACCUCCUCUCCAGGUUCACCAAAAACGAGUUCAACCUCGAGUCUAAGUCCACCAUCGGCGUUGAAUUCGCUACCCGCACCUUGAAUGUUGACUCCAAAGUCAUCAAGUCUCAGAUCUGGGACACCGCUGGCCAAGAGAGGUAUCGUGCAAUCACGAGUGCAUACUAUCGGGGUGCUCUAGGUGCACUUCUUGUGUAUGAUGUCACGCGACAUGCAACAUUUGAGAAUGUCGACAGAUGGCUCAAAGAGCUGCGGAACCACACAGAUUCCAACAUUGUUGUGAUGCUUGUUGGGAACAAAUCAGACCUUCGUCACCUUGUAGCUGUAUCAACUGAGGACGGGAAGUCCUAUGCUGAGAAAGAGUCAUUGUACUUCAUAGAAACCUCAGCACUUGAGGCUUCUAAUGUAGAGAAUGCAUUUGCUGAAGUUCUGACUCAAAUCUACAAUGUUGUUAGCAAAAAAGCUGUUGAGGGGGCAGAAAAUGGAACUGCAUCUGUGCCAGCCAAGGGGGAGAAAAUAGAUCUUAAGAAUGAUGUGUCUGCUUUGAAGAGAGUUGGUUGCUGCUCAACCUGAGGCUGUUAAACAUAAUUGAUAUUCUACUAAGUAUGUUGGCUUUCACUGACGUGUCUUAAUUAUUGUAUUAUUAUUAGUUUAUGAUUUUUUUCCCUAGUAAUUCAUUGAAUAUGUUUCUUACUCUUAAAAAACUAUUAUGUGGUCUUACACAAUUCUGCUUGACUAAUUUUUUAUAUAAAUUGCCUGAUGCCUA